CUUGCAACCUUUAUCUGUACUAUUACCUAAAAUUAUGGCGCACAAGUUGUGGAUUUUUGCCCUCGUGGUGCUUCCAUUUGUUUAUGGAGCACUGGACAGUAAAGGAAAACACUUUAUUAUAACCUUCAUGGAUAACAAGAUUCUACAACACACCGACAUCAAACCCGAGAUCUUCAUUACCACGUCCAGCAACAAACCCGUACACGUCAAUGUGACGUCACCAAAAUCUCACCAUCCACGUAUUAACCAGCAUUUUGUUAUAACUCACGGAGUAGUGCACCGUGUUGCCGUGGAUCAAGACUUCCGGUUAAAUCACACCGAGCUAAGCACCAAAGGGAUUUCGAUCUCGGCUGAUGAAGAAAUCGUGGUGUAUGGAGUAAACAGAGAGGUCUACUCGGACGAUGCCUACCUGGCACUGCCUACUGAUGUGCUGGGAAAAGAAUACUACACCAUCUCCUACUCCCCGUCCUAUUACUACUGUGUAUUUGCAGUGAUCGGAGUCCACGACCACACUCGGGUGCACAUCAAGCUUGCUAACCAUCCAAACAUUAGCGUUAAUUUCCAUGGUCACGUGUACCACAGAAACCAAUGGAUAAACGUUACCCUAAACCGCUUCAGUACCUUUGAAAUCUCUUCUGUCGGGGACCUCACUGGUUCUCAUAUCAUCGCGAACAAACCUGUGGGUGUCAUCAGCGGAAACAAGAAAGCUGUUGUAUCUGUGGCUGGUAACACUGGCAAUUCACGUGAUCAUUUGACGGAAAUGUUGCUUCCUGUCCAGGCCUGGGGUAAAAACUUUGCUACAGUGCCAAUCCCUGAAAGAGACGUGGGUGAUGUUUUCAGAUUUGUUGCCAGCCAAGGACACACCAGUGUCAGGGUAACUGGAGUCAUCGAUAGUAAAAAUUUCACGGAUCAUUUUAAUAUUAAUCACGCUGGGCAGUAUGUGCAGAGGAAUUACAGCUCUAAGUUGUACGCUCAUGUGACAUCUAACCACCCUAUUGCUUUGUAUCAGCUCUCGGCAACACAGGCAAAACAUACAAAUCUGCCUUCCGAUGCAGCAGAUCCAUGCCUGAUCACCAUUCCUCCAAUCGAACAGUAUGCUGCCGACUACACGUUUACUACACCUCAAUACUCCAAAGGCCAGUAUCUUAACUAUUUCAUGUUUGUGGUUGAUUCCAGCCAGACGGCGGGCCUAAUUUUAGAUGGAAAACCCCUUCCACAAAAUCAAACGUACGUCCACAUCCCUGGCACCAACCUAGCGGCGGGAUAUGUGAAAAUAUCUGUUGGAACCCACACCGUCACGCACAACAACCCGAACACGGUCAUUGGUGGAAUCGUGUUCGGUAAAGCUAACCUCGAGUCUUAUGGAUUCCCUAUUGGUCUGCUAACAAAACCUGUUAAUUCUGGUUGCCAAGCGGAGGCGAUGUCCCCGGGCGAUGAAAUCGAUAACGAUUGUGACGGUGAGGUAGAUGAGGAGGACUGUGAUGGAAAAGACAAUGAUGCUGAUGGGAGAAUAGACGAGGACUGCAGUGGAGCGCCACUGACUGUUAUUGGAAGAAAAUAAUUUUACAUUUAUAU